AUGGCUGUCCUUGACCAAUACACCUAUGUCUUCGUUAUUGGCACCUUCUUUGCCAUGCUCGAUGCAUACAACAACGGUGCCAACGAUGUUGCCAACGCCUGGGCCACCAGUGUCUCCUCCAGAUCCGUCUCCUACCGAUGGGCAAUGGUUUUAGGAACAUGUUUUGAGAUGCUCGGUGCUCUCACAGUCGGUGCCCGUACCGCCGAUACCAUCAAGAACGGCAUCAUCCCUCCAGACUCAUUCCGCGACAACGCCGGUGUUCAGAUGUUGGCCUUUACCUGUGCUCUCGCCGGUGCCUCGAUGUGGGUGAUGUGGUGUACCAAGCACUCUGCUCACGUUUCCUCCACAUACUCUCUCAUCUCGGCCGUCGCUGGUGUUGGUGUUGCUACCGCUGGUGCUAGCCAGGUACAGUGGGGAUGGAACGGAGGCAAGGGACUCGGCGCCAUCUUCGCUGGUCUCGGUAUGGCUCCUGCUAUUGCUGCUGGAUUCGGAGCCACCAUCUUCAUGCUCAUCAAGCUUGUCGUUCACAUCCGCAAGAACCCAGUGCCAUGGGCUGUCUUCACCUCGCCUGCCUUCUUCCUCAUUGCUGGAACCGUCUGCACGCUUUCGAUCGUCUACAAGGGUAGCCCGAACCUCAAGCUCAACGACCGUCCACCAACCUUCAUCGCCGGUGUCACCGUUGGAGCUGGUGCCGGUCUGUGCGUCCUCUCCGCCAUCUUCUUCCUUCCAUUCCUCUACUGCAGAGUCAUCCGCAAGGACAACGACAUGAAGUCUUGGGAGUUUAUCAAGGGCCCACUUCUCCUUCGCCGCCCAAUCCCACUUGAUGCUCAAAUGGCCAAGGUCCCCAACUACGCCGUUGUCCAGCACGAUGAGGACGACGAUGAGAUCACCGCUGUCGAGAGCCCGGUCGAUGAUGCCAACUACGCCAACGAGAAGAACCUUGCAGCUAUUGAAGCCAAUGCCGUCGUCAUGUCGCACAAGCAGCGCCAGGCAGAAGGUACUGAGCGUCUCCACGUCAAGCUCCGUAAGGGUACCGGUCCUCUUGGAUGGGCCAUGCGCUUCCUUCACGAGAACAAGAUUCAAUCCGGUGCCAUCUACGAGACGAAGAACAUGAUCAUCACCUUGAAGCGUAUUCCCGCGAUGAUCGUCGUCGCCGCUCUUUACGGUUCCCACUUCGACAUCCACGCCGCACAGACCGGUAUCGCCGGUACCCCUGAAGGAAUCCGCAUGGAACGUGUAUACGCGCACGCCCCCAAAUACGCCAACGAGGUCGAGCACGCAUACUCCUUCGUCCAAGUUCUGACCGCCUGCACCGCCUCCUUCGCACACGGCGCCAACGACAUCGGAAACGCCGUUGCACCUUGGGCUGUCAUCUACAGCGCAUGGCAGACUGGUGACGCCUCGGCCUCCAAGCUUCCAGUCCCAGUCUGGCAGCUCGCCGUUGUUGCUCUCGCCAUCUCCGCCGGACUUGUCACCUACGGAUACAACAUCAUGAAGGUCAUGGGUAACAAAAUCACCUACCACUCUCCCAGCAGAGGCUGCUCCAUGGAGAUGGGUGCCGCCAUCACCGUUCUCRUCUUCUCGCAGUUCAAGCUGCCAGUGUCCACUUCCAUGUGCAUCACUGGAGCUACUGUUGGUGUUGGACUUUGCAACGGAAGCUUCAAGGCUGUCAACUGGCAACGAGUUGGUCUCCUUGUUUUCUCCUGGAUCAUGACCAUCCCUAUCGCUGGCACGAUUGCGGGUGUUUUGAUGGCGGUGGUCCUGAAUGCUCCUUCGUUUGCCAAAUGA